AUGAAGUUUAGGAUAAUUUUUUCCACAAUAUUAGGAUGCAUCGUGUGUGGAUGCUUAAUAAUUGCAACUAUGCCUUUACCUUUAAGUAAAUCGUUGCCUUACCAAGGACUUAUAUUAUGUUAUAUAGCAUUUCAAUUGGUUUUAAUCGAAUUGGGACAAACCAUUCAAACGCAGUCUGAAGUUGUGUAUGACAAUAUUCUACAAUUAAAUUGGUACCGUUGGAAUAGAGUCAAUCGCAAAACUCUAUUAAUGUUUAUGAAAAUUCUUCAAAAACCCAUGAAGAUGAGAUUUUAUGGUUUAUUGAAUAUGAACAGAGAGCUUAUUUUAAAGAUUUUUAAAGGGGUAUAUUCAGUUGUUAAUCUUUAUAAAGCGACAACUGUUUAA